UAAAUGUCUGCUACGUGUUUAUGUUUAAUUUAUGGUUUAGGUCGCGGAUGGAUAUUUGAACCCCUUGGCACUGCAUAGCAGCAACUCAAACGUGGAGCGUAGUUUGAAUUUUUUGUAAUGGUUUGUUGACAAUUUCAAUCCCUACUAUAAUUUUCCAAAUACACAUGUAUUUAACUUCAGUGUAACACAUAGCUUUUAUUUCCGCAUUUUACGAUAGGCAUUUUAAAGGUGGUGAGAUGGCCAGCACGGAGCCGAACGUUGACAUUGAACCGAAGUGGAACGCCGAAGACUGUGACGGCCCGGCUUUCGGUUCACCUCCCGCCCCUCUGUGCAAUAAGCCGUUGGACUUCUCCCAGGUCACCCCCUCUCAGCUGGGGAUCUCCACACAGAGCUUUGUCCCUUCGUCCCUGGGCAAAGAUAAGUCUCGUCUGACACAGCUGAAAGCGAGGCGGAGGUCCACGGUUGGAGCAAGGGGCUCUCCGGAAACCAACUCUCUGAUUCGAUACAUAGCCCAGCAGAGACAGAAAACUCCGCCCAGCACCCCACAGCCCGUGCAAGCCAGCCCCUUGCUCUCACGCGGGUUCUCCUCUCUGAAGCAGAAGAUGGCCUCCUUCCAGAACCUUCUGGAGGUGGAGGAGAAUCAGGGGCCAGCAGAAGAGAGAGAAGCUGAUGGGCGCACCUCUGUGGGUGGGAAGGAGAACAGGGGUCCUCAAGGAGGCCCACGCCCUGCGGCACCCCCCUCCUCCAAGAAGCGCCGAAUGAGUCCCUUCCGAGAGAUCGUCAUGGAGACCAGAGAGGCCACGCCCUCUGCGGACAUCCUCUCUCCUCUGUUCGCACCUGGCUGUCCUGAACAGGUGGAGGCCAGACAGGCGUGUUCUGUACAGGAGGAGCUGGGACAGGUGUGCUCUGAACAGGAGGAGGAGCUGCAGGUGGAGCUCAGACAGGUGUGCUCUGAACAGGUGGAGGAGCUGCAGGUGGAGCUGAGACAGGUGUGCUCUGAACAGGUGGAGGAGCUGCAGGUGGAGCAGCUGCAGGUGGAGGAGCUACAGGUAGAGGAGCUGCAGGUGGAGCUGAGACAGGUGUGCUCUGAGGAGCCCAGGUACACUGAGCUGACCAGCUGUGAGAUGGAGGAGGCCGUGUGCUGCUCCCCACGUCAGUCACCCGUGCCGUGGAGCUGGGACCAUGACGAUGCCCCCUUCACCCCGACGCACGGCCCUCCUCCAGAGGCCAGGAGGACUCCGCUCACAGAACCUCUGAGCCCCUGCAUGCUGCUACAUCUCGGCCCUGCGGACACGGGUUCGAACGAGUCACCGUUUCCCCUGACUGCACACCCAACAGAGGAGGGGCCGGACUGCGCGGCGAACUCUGCGCGGCCCACGAAGAAGCGGGUGCAUUUCGGGGUGCCCCUGUCCCCCGAGUUCUUCGACAAGAGGCUGCCCCCCAGCACGCCCCUGCAGAAGGGGGGCACGCCGGCCCACCCGUCGGCCUCCGGGGGGGGCUCCGGCCUCCGCUCGCUGCUCAAGACCCCCCAGAAGUCCGCCCUCUCCCUCCCCCAGCCCGACUUCGGCAGCCCCUCCCUCUCCGGGCCCUCGUCGCCGCCCCCGUCGGAUCGCCACGGCGAUGAGGAGGAGCAAGGGCAGCUCGCCGCUCCUGCUCCUGACUCCGUGGAGGAAGAGGAGGAGGAGGAAGAGGCCUCGGGUUCGCGCUCGCGCGAGGACGCCGCCUGCAGCCCAGAUGUGGCCCCGGUCCGGCGCCAAGCUCGCUCACCCAACGCCACCCCCGUCCCGCCACCCACGCCCUCUGGAGAGGCGGAGACAGGAGAAGAGCCGAAGACAGAGCUCGCGCCCGGUCCUAGCCCCGCCCCCAGCCCCGCCCCCGGGCCGCCCGUCAGCGCAGCCCGCCCGGGUCGGCCUCGCGGCAGGAAGAGGAAGCAGGCGGAGCAAACGGACGCCGCGGCCGGGAGGAGGCCGAGCCGCAGCGCCGCUGUCGCCGCCUCCGGCAAGAUGAAGACGAAGGGCUCUGCAGGUAAGCGGGGCUGGGGCAGUAAGGCAGUGGACCGCUCUCUGUAUGGGAAGAGAGACUACGCCUCCAAGAACCCGGUGCUGAGCCCCAUCACUGAGAGCCUGCCCUGCGCCAGCCGCUCCCCCACCCCCCUGCGCCACGGAGCUGCAGAGCAGCUGCCAGAGGACUGCAGAGAGACUCGCAAUCCCAGAAUUCCCCUGGCGCAGACGGGCCCCAGCGUCCCCGCGGCUGACCUGGUCACGGCCGCGGGCCUUUGGCGCAGCCGUUUCGGGGUCCCCGCCUGGAACCAAGCACCAAACGAUCGCCCUGACGACCACGAGGCCUCAAACGAUCGCCCUGACGACCACGAGGCCUCAAACGAUCGCCCUGACGACCACGAGGCCUCAGACGAUCGCCCUGGCGACCACGAGGCCUCAGACGAUCGCCCUGACGACCAGAGGCCUCAAACGAUCGCCUUGACGACCACGAGGCCUCAAACGAUCGCCCUGACGACCGCGAGGCCUCAAACGAUCGCCUUGACGACCACGAGGCCUCAAACGAUCGCCCUGGCAACCACGAGGCCUCAAACGAUCGCCCUGGCAACCACAAGGCCGAAGAGGACGCUGGAUGCUCGGCGGACGACCCCUCAGACCGCGCAGCUGAAGCAGCGAGCACUGCGAGCAUGCUGUCACAGGAGCGGCCGGGACGUCGGCUGGGCAGGCCCCGGGGGCAGGGGGGGCAGGGGGAAGGGCAGGAGGGAGCCCGUGCUCAGCCACCGAAACGGCCACGACCAAACCGUCCCCGCGGUGGAGCCGGAGCUGCCCGUCUGCAGUCCCGCUGGGCACGACCGUUUCCCGGGUGACCGUCAGGAGAGCGACGGCGACGGUCUGAAGGUGGAGGAAGAGCGCCACGGCGACGAGCACGGAGCGGGCGACAGCGUCACCUCCGAGCCGGACGCCGGGGGCGGAGCUCCGGAGCCCGUCAGCGGCUGGGGUCGGAGGUCAAACGGGAGCCGGCGCAGCGGGGCUAAGGGCAGGCCCAAGGGCCGCAGGAGCUCCCUCUACCGGCCCCCGCCCCUCACAGAAGAGGACGAGGAGGCGCAGAGCCCCCAGACGCUCCCCCUCCCAGGAGGGGAGCAAAGUGAGGGAGAGGGAGCGGUGAGAGGAGGCGAGGGCGGGGAGAUCUCCGACACAGCGACGGAGAGAAAGGGGGAGGAGGGGAGUGGGGAAACGGGCGGGGACGGAAUUGGGCCGCCCGCACUCCCGCCCUGGCAGCAGGCGGAGUUCUGCAUCGAGGACGUCCUGCAGGCCCCGCCCAGGGGGGGCCGGCGCUCCGUGAGGCGGAGCCUGAGGAACCAGAGCCUGCAGGACCCCUCGGCCACCGGGUUGGCCUGGGUGCCCAGCUCCUCCCCCACCGACCGCAGACCCGCGCGGAGGCGGACCCGGGGACGCCGUAGCUCCGCCCACGCCCCGCCCACUCUCCCCGAGGACGCCUCCCCCCCCGAGGCACGCUGUUAAAAACUAAAGCUACAGCGGCUCGUUUUUUUAAAAGACCACAGUUCUGCUCUCUGGUAAAUAAAUGUCAAGCGAACAAAAAAAACCCCACUUGACUGUUGCAGUUUUUCAGCACGAGUGCCACGGCAACGGACGCUCGGUGGCGGGAGGGAGUUUGUCGCGCGGACUGUGAGUCAGAGCUGAAGUGAUGUAUAACAGUCUCUGGCAGAGUGUGCUUGUUUCGCUUCCAUGAAAUCGGAUCUGCGUGGGGAGGGGGGUUGUUGGGGGGGGGGACUGCUUUGUUUUGUCCAAAAGGCACUUGAAACAGCUGCCGUGAUUUAGCAGUUAGCAGAGGCUCAGUAGCCCUUAUUGCAAGUGCACGGGUUGGCUAACGUGGGCGUAGUGAAUGACAUAAGCCUAUCAAAUGGUUUUAAAUGAGCAUUAAACGAUUUGGCUUAUCAGCGACUGAAAAAAUGCAGCCGGUUUUCAAUCCUCUCACGAACAGCGCUAGCAGACAGAUGCGUUUGAUUAACCUGCUUCAGUGGUAAAUAAUGUUUUUGGGGAAAUCAUUUGAGUCAUAAAAUGUUAUUCUAUCCAGAAGGCUUGUCCCUGUCUAGUGAAGUCUCUUAGGCACUACUGAAGUUCUCUCUCUAGUGUACACAGUCCCCGCCCACCCCCCCGCCCUCCCCAAAAGUUAUUUGAGGCCAUGACUGGAGACCUCUCAGUUGUUGCUUGCCAGGACUGAAAAAUGAGAGUUGACCACGCUGCUGGACGUGGGAGCGCUGAACUCAGACGUGUGUGGACCAGGUGAGGACUGUUCAGGCCAGUAGGUUCACCUUUCAGUUCAGAUUUUACAUUUUCUCUGCUCUAAAAUGUUUGGUUUUAUUUUGUCAGCGGUCUUUGUUUAGGUUUUGAUCACGGCCAUCCCCAAGAGCACAAUCGUGGUGGUGUGUCUCCAUCUGGUGGAGACGGUGAGAUUGCAUGGGCUGCAUCAAAAUCUCCCUGUGAUUUUCUGUUUUUUUUUUUUUGUCUCCCCCUUGAGGUGACAUUGUUCCCCUCUUCCCCAGUUGAAAGUUUUGUUUUUAUUGGUUUUUUUGUUUGUUAGCUUUUUUUAAAUUAUGAAAUGUUCUGAAGCCAUUUUCAUUUCCACACUGAACUGCUGGCUGUAGUUGGUUGGGUGGGUUAAUUUAUGUAUAUCAGCGUUACUUGACAUUUUAAUUGGAAUGUGUCCUACGUACAAAUACAUCAUCGUCUCUUUCUAUCUAACUUUAAAA